GGAGGCGGGCACAAGCACCAGGUCAUAGGUCUGUGGCCUCGGGUCUGUUGGAGGCGGCGAUCGUGCAGCGGUCCCGCCGGCGCCAUGUCGUUCUGCAGCUUCUUCGGGGGCGAGGUUUUCCAGAACCACUUUGAGCCGGGCAUCUACGUGUGUGCCCAAUGUGGCUAUGAGCUGUUUUCCAGCCGCUCAAAGUACGCACACUCAUCCCCAUGGCCGGCCUUCACCGAGACCAUCCAUGCUGACAGUGUGGCCAAGCAUCCAGAGCACAAUCAGCCUGGAGCCUUAAAGGUGUCCUGUGGCAGGUGUGGCAAUGGGCUGGGCCAUGAGUUCCUGAACGAUGGCCCCAAGCGUGGACAGUCCCGCUUCUGAAUAUUCAGCAGCUCACUGAAGUUCAUCCCUAAAGGCAAAGAAACUUCUGCCUCCCAGGGACAGUAGGUGGGCAGCCCACACCCAACCCAGAUGGACACUGCUUUGUGGCCACACUCUGGACAUCCCACGUUAGAAGUGGAACCUCAGACAUUUGGACAGGGGAGCGGGGGGAGAGGGGUAGCUGAAACAUCAGGAAGGUUCCCGAGGCCUUGCCUCCGAACAGGCUAGGAGAAGGGAAGAGGCUGGGAAAAGGAGAAGGCUACACUAGGCUGCCAGGGGGUGCCUGGAGGCCCCACUGUCGGCUCUCACAGGAGUCUCAGGGAGGGGGCUCUAGGCCUGGCUCGUCUUAGAGUGAUGGUGCAGCCUCUACCUUCUCUCCUCAGCCCGCUGCCCCCUCCCUGCCUGUUUGGACUCACCCCGGUGAGACCCAGUUCUGAGAUGGGCUCUGGCCCUUGCCGAAGCUCUUGCCUGUCUCCAGCAGGCUGUGCUAGGAGAGAGAACGCAAACAGGGGCGGCUCCAGUUGGCUUCUCCAGCCCUGGUCACUCUAUGAUUCUCUCUGACUAAACCCUUCCAGGCAGCCAGAGUGGUGAUGAUCUGUGACCUGCUGGGGGAGCAGGCUGAGGGGACAGAUCUCUGGCCUCUUGGUUAUGAAAGGAGAAAUCCCGAACCCUGUUGCACCAUCUGUGUGGAUGCUGCUUGCCCCACUCAGGCUUAGGAAAGCAGCUAUUGCUCCAUCACCUUGACUGUGCAAGGCUGGGGACACCGGAGCUCACAGCCUACAGUUCACCGCUUCCGGGGACACAGUGACUGUGCCUCACUGCACAUGCUCUGAGGGUCCUGCCAUCAGGGAGGGUGGGCGAAGCCCCUUCCAUCUUGAAUCCUCUUUGGAGUAAUCAGGAAGAGAUCAAUAAACAAACAGAACCCAGGCUUGCUGUCUUUAUUAACAACAUCAGGGACUCCAGGACCCAGGGUCAGGCUUUGCACAGCUGUUUCACUUGUUCCGCAAAUAGUUAUUGAGCUCAGUGUCAGGCUCUAGCUUCAGUGCUGGGGAUGCAGCCAUGCCCUUAAGGUCUUUUUUUUUUUUUUUAAUUUUUAAAUUAAAUUAAAUUUUUUUUUUAUACAGCAGG